GUCACAUGCCUUUAUGAUGUUUCCAGCAACUGUUUCUGAGGCUAAAGCGAUAUUUCAUCAACUUGGCACCACUCUGCCCUGGGCACAGAGUCAAGAAAAGCAGCUGAGGGGCCCUGGAGGGAUGUUCAGGUCUCUGCCCACUGUGCUCUGCUUGCUUUAUUCCCUUUCCAUUUUCUGCAAAGCCAGAGCUUGAAUCCACGUGGAAAAUGGCCACAUGAGUUCAGUGCAUCUCAGAUUUUGGGGUGCUAGGUGGUGGCUCAGGCUCUGGGCUCAGCCCAUAGCAGGUGCAACACUGAGAAAUGAGUUGAGACCCCAGACUUUAAGGCACUUUGGGUGCAAAACCAUGCACCAGACCCACUUCCUUUUUGAAACCUUUUAAAUGAUGUGAUCCCCUUUGAUUUUGGACUUUUUAUAUAAUUUAUCAUGUGUAGAUGUGGAAUUUGAAGCGUGGUUUAGCGGCGAACUUGGCAGUGCUGAGGUAAUGGUUGGGCUUAAGGGUCUUAGAGGACUUUUCCAACCUUGAUGAUUCUAUGGCUUUAUUUUUUUUUUAUUGUCAUUAACUUUUUUAGCAUGACAAAAGUAACUCCUAAGCGUAACUGAGGCACAUUUUCUCCAGGGGAUGACUUAAAACCCUCUCUUCCCAUCUUUUCAACAGCUUAAAACACAUUUUAACUCUCUAGUUCUUGCUCUCUAUCAAUUCUUGGAAAUUUUUAGGUAAGCUUUUGUUUAAUUUCAGACUGAAAUAGGGGAAAAUUAGGUUAUAUAUGCAAAAGAAAUUCUUCUGUUUUGAUUAGUGUUUGGAUUUCCUGUGCAAGGUUCGGGGUAGAGUCAUUCCUGUGUUCACAUCUGCUGGAUUUCAGUGUUUUGGAAGGUGGGGAAGAAGGGAGAUGGGCUUUGGAAAAAGAAAAUAUGAAUAUAAGAAAGGCAAAGAGUCUGCCUAAGGCAUGGGGAAGCUUUUGGCUGUAGGAGCUCAAAAGCAAAGCUGAACUGCAAGGUCAACACUGAUUUCUGACUCCCCCUGAUCUGUGGUGUUUAUGCUGUGCUGAGCAGAGGUGGCAUGAGCUCCUUCUGCAUCCCUGUGUGAAGGGAGGUGUGUGACCUGAUAGCAAAUCAAUGGCUGACAUCAGAUGUUUUUUUAGUUUUAUUUUUAAGAAACGAUUUGGCAAUUUCAUUUUGCCACUUCCAAGUGCUUUGUUGUUUUGUUCCCUGCUUGUGAUAGAUAAAUUGCUCACCCAGCAAGGGAUGCAAAAUGCCAUGGGCAGUGUGUGGUGGACCCAGGAGCAUCUUCACAUGGGAGAUUUCGCUUUUCAGAUUAAGUCAAUCAUCUUAGUGGUGCCAGUACUUCUUCCCUUGCAGCCCAGCCAGUCCUCUCCCAGUUCUGAGACCUGCCAAACUCAUAUCCUCCAGAUCCAAGGGAUUUGCAGACAACCACUGUCAUGCAGCACUCUUCCUUCAUCCCUCCUGGAUGCAUGGCAGCAACACAGGAGACAAACUUGUGCACCAGGGUGGUGACCUCCAGGGAAAGAGGUUGUCUUUGCAGAGAAGGAGAUAGGAUUCAGUCACAAGAGAUGUGCACAAUGUGUGCUGUGGAUGCCCUUUCUCAGCUUGCAUUCCAGCCCUGCCCUGCAGAUACACUCAGAAAAGGCUGUGCUUCACCCAGGAGUGCUACUGACCGCUGUUGCUCCUGUUUUGUCCACAGUGAUGGACAUCUGCCGGCUGCAGAAGGAUGAGGGCACCUGCAGGAACUUUGUGCUGAAGUGGUACUACGACCCCGAGACCAAGAGCUGCGCCCGCUUCUGGUACGGCGGCUGCGGCGGCAACGAGAACAGGUUCAACACGCAGAAAGAAUGUGAAAAACUCUGCAUCUCUGGUACCAUCAACCCUGGCGUGGUGACGACAAUAGGGACAUAGAGCCAGGGGCUGGCCAACACUUACCUCUGAGACAGCAUCACCUUUGCCACCUUGCCCCUAUAGAAGCUAAGGGUAUAGACGACCUUGCACUGUAAUAUUUCAUGCUUUUAACUCCCAAGCAAACCCUGAGGAGAGGGUUUUGCUACAUGACCUAUCAAUAUGGUGCUAAACUGUU